AUGAAAAUAAAUAGAUGGCAUUAAAUUGCCUUCUUAUCGUUGAUCUUCUUCCUAUUGAUAAAGGAAUCUUUUCAAAUCAUAACAGGAACAAUUGAAAUAAAUUCAGCAUAAAAUGUUAUUUUACAAACAAGUGCAACAUAUACGUUUAGACUGUCAUCCCAGCAACAAUUCUAUCAAAAUGGGAGACUAUUGAUUAUUUUUCCAUAAGACUUUACAUUUACAUCAACCUAAGCCUUAACCUGUGCUGAUGACUCUGGAACUAAUCUGAAUUGUGCUUUUAAUUACCAAGCAAGACUAGUAACUAUUACAUCUGGUUUGAAAAAUCUUGCGAGUUUUACAUUCAGCAUAUCAGGAAUUACAAAUCCUGGUGUAGCUGUUGAAACUGGAUACUUCACUUUUAGAAGCUAUUAACUAGACUCUGGAAGCUAUAAAUUCGUAGAAAACUCUGAUACUACAUUGACUGUAACACCUUAACCUGGAUCUUUGACUGGAAGUAAAUUAUAUUUUCACUUGAUUAUGAUUGAUUAGUAUAAUUUGCUCCAACUGAUGCAACUGUAGGAUCUACGACUACACUUUCAGUUAGCCUGA